AUGACUACCGAGCAAGUCUCGACAUCGUUUCAACUGAUCGACGGUCUUCACGCGCCAAGUUACUACGAUGUUAAUAAAUUUCGUUCAGGUCUUGAAUACAAAGCUCAACCCGAUGAUAUAUUCAUUGUAACGUAUCCAAAAUCGGGCACGACUUGGAUGGAAGUAAUAGUAUUCAGUUUAAUCAACAAUGGAAAACCAUUCGAUGAGGACAAUAAUGACUAUUUGAUGCGAACACCAUAUUUGGAGCGAGUAGGUGAAUCUACUGUCAGUACAAUAUCACGACCAUAUUCGAUCAAAACCCAUUUGCCAUUUGAUCGUAUUCCUUACCAUUCACAAGCAAAGUAUAUUUGUGUUAUUCGAAAUCCAAAAGAGGUCUGUAUCUCACUUUAUCAAUUUUUGGUCAAACAUCAACAAUCACAUUAUUAUCAGUGCGAAUUCGAUACGUUUUUCGAUGACUUCAUGAAAGGCCAAUUACCGUACGGUGAUUAUUAUCAAUAUUUACGUUCGAUGUGGUCGUACAAAGAACAUGAGAAUGUAUUAAUAAUCUCUCAUGAACAGAUGCAACGAGAUAUACGUUGCGUCAUUCAACGAAUAGCUCAAUUUCUCAAUAUUAACUUGACCGAUCAGGAUGGAUUAUUAGACCGUGUAUUGACCUUCUCUUCGUAUGAAUAUAUGAAGAAAAACUUUGACAAAGUCCGUAAGAAUUACUCAACACGUACGAUGGAUAAUGCAAUAACAGCCGGAGUUUCAUCUACAAAUGUUCGAAAUGGAACUGUUAACGAUCGGAAAUCAUGCAUGAGUGAUGAACAGAGCCAACAAUUUGACAAAGAUAUGGCUGAGAAAAUGCAGGAUAUGCCAGAAUUCGAAAUACUCUGUCGCUGA